AUGUCUCUGUGGAAGAAAACUGUCUACAGGAGUGUGUGCCUGGCCCUGGCCCUGCUGGUGGCCCUGACUGUGUUCCAGCGUAGUCUGACCCCUGGUGAGUUUCUGCAGGAGCACCCGCCACCAACCCUGGAGCCACAGAAGACCCAGAAGCUGAGUGGACACCUGAUGAAUUUCAAUAGCUUCUGGAAGAACCCAAAGGAGAUGGCCAUCCCCACCCCCACAACCUCACAGGGGCCUCAGUUCUGGGACGUGAUAACCACCAACUGCUCAGCCAACAUCAACUUGACCCACCAGGCGUGGUUUCGGGGCCUGGAGCCACACUUCCAGCAGUUUCUGCUCUAUCGCCACUGCCGAUACUUCCCCAUGCUACUGAACCACCCAGAGAAGUGCAGGGGUGACGUUUACAUGCUGGUGGUUGUCAAGUCGGUCAUUACACAGCAUGACCGCCGUGAGGUCAUCCGCCAGACCUGGGGCCGUGAGCAGGAGGUGGUGGGCGGGAACCGCGGUGCCGUGCGCACCCUCUUUCUACUGGGCACAGCCUCCAAGCAGGAGGAACGGGCUCACUACCAACAGCUGCUGGCCUAUGAGGACCGCCUCUAUGGCGACAUCUUGCAGUGGGACUUUCUUGACAGCUUCUUCAACCUGACACUCAAGGAGAUCCACUUCCUCAAGUGGCUUGACACCUUCUGCCACAAUGUUCCCUUUGUCUUCAAAGGCGACGAUGAUGUCUUCGUCAACCCCACCAACCUGCUGGAGUUUCUGGCUGACCGGCAGCCGCAUGAGGACCUGUUCGUGGGUGAUGUGCUGCAGCAUGCCCUGCCCAUCCGCAGGAAGGGCAACAAAUAUUACAUCCCCACUGCCCUGUACAGCAAGGCCACCUACCCACCCUACGCGGGUGGUGGCGGCUUCCUGAUGGCCGGCGGCCUGGCCCGGCGCCUCUACUACGCCUGCGACACCCUGGAGCUCUACCCCAUCGAUGAUGUCUUCCUGGGCAUGUGCCUGGAGGUGCUGGGCGUGCGCCCCAUGGCCCACGAAGGCUUCAAGACUUUCGGCAUCUCUCGGAACCGAAACAGCCGCAUGAAUAAGGAGCCCUGCUUUUUCCGCUCCAUGCUCGUGGUGCACAAGCUGCUGCCCCCCGAGCUGCUGACCAUGUGGGGGCUGGUUCACGGCAACCUCACCUGCUCUCGCAAGCUCCAGGUGCUCUGA